GAUGAAAUCGGGCCCAAGUUGCAGAAAUUCAAUUUCGAGGCGGAGUCCCUCCCCCCGCUGCCUCCCAUUGGCUGCCGACAAAACUGAUUUCGGGAACGUCACGGGAUAGGCGGGGACCAAUGAGGAUGGUGGGCGGACCCAUGGCCGUCCUGACUUGUGAGUUGACUGCACAUUCCUCUAUCCUCUAGUACAAGGCUCGGCGGGACCCGACUCUUGUAAUAUCCAGACCAGUGAUUGCCGGAGAAGCGGAUCCGUCGGCGGCACAAGCCAGAGAGGGAGGGAUAGGAGGCUAGAGGCAAAGGGGUAUAUGUAAAAAUAGGGGGGAGGCCUGGGAUAGAGGUAGAUGGCAAGUGGCAGGAAGAUGGAGGGGGGGUUGCCGGCUAGAGCCAGCUGUGUUCAGCUCAAUCUGGCCAUCAGCAGCGGUCAGUAGUCGGGGGAAAAUUCAUAAAAAUUGUCAAUCUCUAGACCAUGAAUAUGGCUGGGUGAGGCUGGUAGUUCUGGAGGCACGUAAGACCUCGGGGUCCUAGUGAGAGAGGGAGAGCAUCCGGCCCUAGACAGCCUAAAAACCCCCGCCCGGAUAUCAUAAACCUGAUAUCAGGUUCCGAUAGCUGAGGAGGAGUGAUAAGUACGCCGGCAGAGGAGGUUGAGUGUUAUUACAUUAUCCGCAAAGCCUGGAGGCUCCGAAGGACUGGGAUUCUUUGUUACAGGCUUCAGGCAACCUUCAGGCAGCCAUCUUUGCCCCGAGUGUCGUAUGUGAGAGCCUGUGAAGGGCGGACUGAGGGGUUAAUAAGCUCCAUACAGCCAUGUGUGUAUAGGUAUGUAUGAUUCUUCCCUUCAUCGUGUAUUUCGUACAAGUACUCCCUUGCUGGGACUUGCCUCUCCUAAUACACGAAGAAAAAUGUGAUUGGCCCGCCCCCUUGUGUGACGUCACGAGGCGCCGGCACCCUAUUGGCCAGAGGGUUGUUGGGGAAGGAUGGAGCCUCUCUCUGAUUGGCCGGCGGGUUGUUGGGGGAGGAUCAAGGCGCGCGCUGAUUGGCCGGGCUGCGUGGAUGGUGGAGUUUAGUCAAUCGAUAACACAUCCCGAGUCGGAGCCAAAUUAAAGGUAAAUAAUAGAGGGCUUUCACAGUGAACGGACGUGUAUAGAGCGCUCUCUGUUGUGGCAUUCAUGUGACCCGCGUUACUCCAGCGACAAUACAGUGAAUAGUGUAGAGUGGAGACAACAAGUGGUGUUGUAACUAGCUAACUGUGCCGCUACGUCUAGCAAUACGGCAAGCUAGAAAACGCGUGUUUUUUUUAAGAGUGCUUAUCUUGGGCGUUCUCCGACGACUAAGUCACCAUUGCCGGCGUCACGUCGUUCAGUGCCCUGGCGUCGGGCGCUGACCAGCUCACGGCGGUGGAGGGAGCCAGGAGCGUGUGGGAGCGCCGGUGGCGUAGCGGCAGUGGUAGACACGACACUGUGAGCUACAAGGAGCCCCGGGAAGCCGCAACACUGGAGUACUAUAGCAGCGCGGCGCUCAAACCCUCCACCAUGCUCACCCUCGACCCUCCGGACCUCAAGGGCGGCAGCUUACACUCUUCCCACCUGCCGCCCCACACCACCCACUCCACCCACUCCGUCCCCCACGCCCACCACAACUCCCACUCCCACACGUACUCCCUCUCCCACCAUUCGUCCCUCACGUCCCUCAACUCGUCCCUCUCCUCGUCCCUAUCCACUCCCUCCCUGGCCUCCGUCGGGACGAUGAGCGCCCACUCCCCGCCGCAGACCCACGUCCCAACCCCCACCAACAACAACAACAGCAGCACCAACAACAACAACUCCUCCAACAACACCAGCAGCAACAGUAGCAACAGCAAGAGCAGCGCCUCCUCCUCCAACGCCGCCGCCGAGCGCGUCAAACGCCCUAUGAACGCCUUCAUGGUCUGGUCCAGAGGCCAGAGGCGCAAAAUGGCGCAGGAAAACCCCAAAAUGCACAAUUCGGAAAUCUCCAAGCGCCUCGGAGCAGAAUGGAAGCUCCUUUCAGAGACGGAGAAGAGGCCGUUCAUCGACGAGGCGAAGAGACUUCGAGCGGUGCACAUGAAGGAACACCCUGACUACAAGUACAGGUACAGCCCGAACCCUAGCCAUGAAACCCCAUCAGUGGCCAGCCCUAGCAGCCCACUCACAGGCCCUACAACUAUACUCCCACCACCAAUGAAUAAUGUCAAUAACCAAAAAUCUAAAUUUUUUAUCUGA